AUGGCCAAUACAGUGCAGCUUCCAGGAACACAGUUAGGCCUCGAUGAAAAUGUCAGAAUCGGACCAGGGUUGAAACGAAAUCAUUACGAUGGCAGUAUUCAUGUCACAGAGUCUGGAGUUGUGCGAGGCCUGAACAAUUUGGCAUGGAUGGAAGGUGCGCGAAAACGCUACAUUCCUGUCAAGGGUGACUUGGUCCUUGGAGUUGUGACGCACAAACAUCCGGAUUACGUACGAGUGGAUAUAAAUGCUCCGGAACUGGCGACUCUUUCCGCAUAUGCCUUCGAAUCAGCGACGAAAAGAAAUAGAGUGGCAAUCAAUAUUGGCGAUUUAGUCUUCGCGAAAGUAUCAGUAGCGCUGCCAGACUUGGAGCCGGAAAUAGUUUGCUGCAACAUGCGAACAGGCAAAGCCGAUGGAAUGGGAGUCAUUCAAACGCAAAAGUUUUCGAACUCGAUUGUUGUGAAUUUACAAGCGGCGAGAAAGGCCCUCUCGCCCGAAAGUGUCUUUGGAAAAGCAAUUGGAAAACACGGGCCAUUCGAGUGGUGUAUUGGCGUCAAUGGACGAGUUCUAGUCACGACGCAGAAGAUGAAAAUGACGACCCAAAUCUGCCGCAUUUUUCCUCUGAUAACUUUUCUAACGAAUGCUCAAAUUGAAGGACUUGUUGAUACUGCGCUUAGACCAUGA